AUGCAAGAUAUAAGUGAGGAGGCUGUCGAGGACAGCCUCCCAAGCCGCAAAAGAGUUGCGACUGGAGAUGGCAUAAGUGCUGGGUCAGGUAGCCCUUUUAGAGAUUCUUCGCCGCCGUCUUCACCUCGUCGUUCGAUAGCAAGACCUACCUCGGGUCAGUUUGAUUCAACAUCGGAUACGGAUAACUUCCAAAGGAAUAUGUUUGACACACCGGGCAAGCCGCCGACCGGCAAACGUCAGCUUUGGCAAGAAGGCCAGGCUGGUCUCAGCAAGGCCUCCUUCAACGACCCGUCAAACUUUGCAACUAUUGCUGCGCAGAAGGCUCGAGCACAGCAAAAUAAUCCAAAGAAUCGAAAACCUUUCCAGCCGCCACCUCCUUCGUUUCAAAGUCCAAGGUCGCAAGUAGCUCCAAAUAUUCCACCACCCUCAACGUCACAGCCCAGUCAACACCCAUCAAUACUUGACGACUAUGAGAUAGUUUUACAACCUGAGACCAGACCAAUAUCACAAGAACAGUUAGUCGCUGAAGUUAAAGGGAUAUAUGCAGGGCUUGUGAUGGUCGAAGCCAAAUGCAUUGAGGUUGAUAACAAACAAGCAACGCUGGCGCAAGCCGACCCUGGUGCCCAACCUAAGCUUAACAACGAGCAGUGGCAAGCUCUAAUAGCUUUGCACAGAACGCUACUGCAUGAGCACCAUGAUUUCUUCCUUGCGAGUCAACACCCUUCUGCCUCGGCUGCCCUCCGACGGCUUGCAAGCAAGUAUGCAAUGCCAGCACGCAUGUGGCGCCACGGGAUCCACAGCUUUUUGGAACUUCUCAGACAUAGGUUACCUGCUUCCCUUGACCAUAUGCUUGCGUUCAUUUACCUUGCCUACUCAAUGAUGGCGUUGCUCUAUGAGACCGUGCCAGCAUUCGAAGAUACCUGGAUAGAAUGCCUUGGAGACCUUGGUCGCUAUAGAAUGGCCAUAGAAGACGAUGACAUCCGGGAUCGUGAAGUUUGGACUGGGGUUGCCAGGCAUUGGUACAGCAAAGCAUCCAACAGCGCUCCCACGACAGGUAGAUUGUACCAUCAUUUGGCAAUCCUGGCAAGACCGAACGCACUUCAACAGCUGUUCUACUAUGCGAAAUCCCUUUGCGUAGUAAUCCCUUUUACUUCAGCUCGCGAGUCAAUCUUGACGCUCUUCGAUCCAGUCCUGAAUGCCGAUAAUCACCAGGGCCUGUAUAGACUGCCACCGCUGGACACCUCCUUUGUCAAAGCUCAUGGUCUCCUGUUUACCAAUAAGAAUAUGGAGAAGUUCGAGCCAACAGUAAAAGAAUUCCUUGGUCUUUUGGAUAAUCAGAUUGGUCGGGUGACCCGCAAGUUCAUGGAACAGGGGUAUCACAUUGCUAUUGCCAAUUGCGUUGCCUUACUUGGUUUUGCUUCUAAAGACAAUGUCCUGAUGAAAGCCAUCGCAUCAUCCGACGUGGAGAUGGCUGGCUCUCCCUCUGAUCAUACUCCGCAGUCUUUAUCUUUCACCAACUCUCAGCGACUCAGCAACGGUACUAUAAAAAUCGUUUUACAGCGGAUUGGGGAUCCCAAUGUUUUGCCUUUCAUUCACGUCACUCUUGUUUUUAUGCUCUAUAUGUCACGCCAUCCCGGCGUUAUGGGUCUUCUUCAAGCCGAAUUUCCCUGGACCCUUUUGGCUACGAUGCUCAAUACGUUACACGCUUCCUACGGGCCCACAAAUUGGGUUGAGGAUGAAGGCUUUCCUAAAGCAGAAAAAGACGACGUUCGUCCUUUCCCAGAGGACUUUGCAAUGCACGGCUUAUUAUGGACCGACCGCUAUUUCCCCGAGGGAUUUCUCGCAAAUGAAAAGAUUGACGAAGAGGAGAAGUACCAUGAGUUACCUUCCAUGACCGCGGAAAGAAAGGAGCGUAUCUUAUGGAUCGGGCGGAGGAUAUCCAACCGCGGCCAUGGAUUGGUUUUUGAUGGGAAACGUUUCUCGGCGCCAGGAACAGGACUCCAACUUGAACCUCCCGAGAGAUCAUUGACAUAUGCUUCUGCAACUACUGCCGGGGAAAUAUGGUCACCGAGUGCUGAGGAUAUUGAAUCAGAUGCCGAAGAAGACUUGCCAGCUGGGCUUGCGGCAAAUCAUUCCCCUCAUGAUUGA